UUUUCCAACAGUUGUAAUAUUCUGUUAACACCUGUAUUUAUGUUGAACGUAUUAUGCAGACACCCGGACUGUUCUAUCAGGAAGAUUGUCUUUGAUUAUCUUUAUCAGACACUUCGAAAACUAAAUCGAUACAGGUUGAAUACCUGUGGCAUGAUGGCCUAUUCCGUGGAGUGAACAAUCAAUGCGAAUUCAGUCUAAUGAAAAGUUUCUGCGUUGGUUCGGGUAGCGACAGCCAUGUACAGUGCCAGCAAUUUUUGUUACGGUCCAAUGGACCGCCCGGCUAGAACCCCAUUUCAAUUCAAUUCAAAUUAUCGAGAGUCACGCUGUAGGUUGCAUGUUACUAGGGUAACUUUCCGUAUCCUAGCAUAUUUGUAUUCUUGUUUAGUUCAUUUCAUCAAAGCUUGUGUUAGGUUGCAAUUGCACUCAAAAAUAAUUUAAAACCGAAUUCGUUGUCGUCGGAAAAAAUAUAUUUUCAACUGUUAUUUCGAGUCAGUAAUCCAAUGGCUACUCAGGAAGUUUGCGGGAAAGUCAGCCUAGAACCAGCUGCUAUUAUCGGAUUUGAUGGACACGUCAUCGCUGGUUUACGCGUGCAUCCUGACCAGCAGCAUUUGGUGUUUCCACUCGGAAACGAAAUAUCUAUCUACGAGCUGGAAACCAAUAAACAAACUUUUCUGCGUGGACAUACGAAUACUAUUUCUACGGUGGAUAUUUCCCCGUCGGGAAGAAUGGUCGCUUCCGGACAAACUAACCACAUGGGUUUCCGAGCGUAUGUUAUCAUAUGGGAUUGGGCAAGUCGCAAGGAGAUAUCCAAAUAUGAGCUACACCGAGUCAAAGUACAAUCGUUGUGCUUUUCUUCGAACGAACAAUACUUGGUGAGCCUCGGAGGGAAAGACUGCGGAUCGAUCAUUGUGUGGGACAUAGAACAGAACAUGGCCAUUUGUGGUACUAUAUCAACCAAAGAGACGACAGGUGUUGCACUGAAGGUUUGCGCAUUGAAUCAACGAUGGACCACGUUUGUAUCUGGCGGAGACCAGAAUCUUCGAGUGUGGCAAAUCGAUCGAGAUAGGAAGCGUUUGAAUGUCCAGGAUGUAGCGGUUGGUAAAUUACGACGUGAGUUCACAGGCAUGCGUAUAAACGGAAACGAUGAAAUCCUCUACGUUGGGACAAUGAGUGGCGAUAUUGUCAAGAUUCGGCUUAACAUAGGCUCCGAUGCAAAUACGUCAGUACAGGAGAAGAUUCCUGUUUUACUGGGAUGCUUCGGGAAACACAAUCCGAAGAAGCCUGUCGGCAGGGACUGUGAGAAGUAUCACUACGGUGUACGAGAUUUAUUAAUUCUUCCUGAUGGAAAACUGAUAAUAGGUGCGGGUGAUGGAACCAUCGACAUGGUACAGGAGAGAAACGUUGGUUUCAAAAACUACAACAGUCCGACCUGGCCUCAACUAAAAUCGCUUCAAUCAACCAAGGUUGGAGGGGUUAUUACUUCCCUGCAAAUUGCAAACUGUUACACGCUACUUAUUGGUACAGAUGGAUGUGAGAUUUACUCACUGGAUGUCAAUAACUUCAAUUCCAGCUUGAAACUACUUAAAACAUGCCAUACUAACGCGGUAUACGAUAUUGCAUUUCCCUAUAACUUUUCGCUAGUGUUCGCCACAUCAAGCCACGAAUCGAUUCGUAUUUGGUCUACAUCGCGCAUGCAAGAGCUGCUGCGGAUCGUGGUGCCAAAUUUCGCUUCUUCUUCAAUUGUGUUUAGCCGCGAUGGCAAGAGCAUAAUAUCGGCCUGGAAUGAUGGAGUGAUCCGUGCAUUCACCCCCUUGACGGGAAAACUUAUUUAUGCAAUUCCAAAUGCGCACAACAAGGGCUGCUCUUCUGUGGCAGUAACGAGCAAUGGGAAAUUUUUGGUCAGCGGAGGCAUCGAGGGACAGGUGCGCGUUUGGAAAAUCGAACCAUACGUGCAAAGUAUGAUUGGAGUUCUGAAGGAGCACUACGGUCCGAUAGAGUCGGUUCAUAUAAACAGUUUUGACACCGAAGUGGUGUCCGCUUCCCGCGAUGGUUCAUGUGUCAUCUGGGAUUUGAUUCGUCUAACGCGGAAGCAUGUCAUUUUUGCGCACACCCAAUUCAUCGCUGCGCAGUAUUACCCGACGGGGGUACAGAUAUUAACCGCUGGAUCGGACAAAUUAAUUGGUUACUGGGAAGCCUAUGAUGGUAGCUUAGUUCGAGAAGUAGAGGGAUCCAAAUCGGGACCAAUCAAUGCUAUCGAUAUGAACAUGACGGGACAAUAUUUUGUGUCGGCCGGAACGGAUCAGAUUGUGCGUCUCUGGGAUUAUCAGCUUGGCGAAGAGGUGGCGGUUGGAAUUGGACAUGCCAGCGAGAUAACUUCUGCGCGAUACAGCCCGGAUGGGAAAUUUUUGGUGACCGGUUCAAGCGAUGGAGGGAUUUUCAUAUGGACAGUCCCAGAGCAAUAUCAUAUCAAAUGCACAUCAACGGGAGAAGCUGUCGAAAGCAACAGUGCUGGUAACCGUAGAGUAGCUGCUGUAGGUAACGCCAACAAGAGGACAACAUUCCCAUCGAAGAAUUCGAAUGAAAAUGUUCGCCAACUUGAGUCAGCUAGAUCGGAACGAUCAAGCCAAAUUGCUAAAUGUCCUGCGGUGGAUGUGACGGCCCAACCGACGAUUGAUCCCUGUGUAGAUACAGCUUCGCUGGCCGACAAUGCUGAGCAUGAGCAGCUAGAGACACGGUCUGUUCGUUCACAGAAAUCACAAAUUUUUGAAUAGAUUAUAGGUAAACUUUACUUUAU